CCGGGUGUGCCUGAGGGAGGGGGUGGAGGAGGAGAAGACGGGAGAAGGGGAAAGAGUCGGGGGACGGAACGCCUCUUGCACUCUCACCCACAGACGCUGCCCAAGAAUACCCGCCUGCUCACGUUUUGCUGCGCGCUUUUCUGCUCCUCAGGCUCCCCCCCAACAUUGUUUUCUCAGGACCCCUGGGUCCCCAGGGGUUGAAUUCGGGGACUGAGCCGGGGAAGGGAGAGACUUGGCUUUGGCCAACGGGUCGGAGGUUGGGGGCCAGACCCCCUCUCGGGGUCCCCCUCCCCCACGGCACUUUUGGGGGUGUGGAUUAUCUCAUCCCCGCAGGGAGGUAGGAGUGUGCGCCAGCCGCCCUCCUCCUCGUUUCCCGGCGGCGCGGGUCCGCGGCAGCCCUGCAAUAUGACGAGGUGCUGUCAGCUCCCGGCGGUGGUUCCGCCGCUGCGGUGGCUGCUGCUAGGAGGACGCUGAGGGACCCCUGGGAGCGGCGCGGCGGACGCGCUUCUCCCCGGCGCGCCCGGGCCUCCAGGCUUUUCUUCUCCAGCCGAGAGAACGCGGCUGUGAUAAGGAGACCUUGUGUGGACAGUAAUGACCUCACGUUUCCGAUUGCCUGCUGGCAGAACCUACAAUGUACGAGCAUCAGAGUUGGCCCGAGACAGACAGCAUACAGAGGUGGUUUGCAACAUUCUUCUUCUGGAUAACAACGUGCAAGCUUUCAAAGUUAACAAACAUCAUCAGGGACAAGUUCUGUUGGAUAUAGUCUUCAAACAUCUUGAUUUGACUGAGCGUGACUAUUUUGGUUUACAGUUGGCUGAUGAUUCCACAGAUAACCCAAGGUGGCUGGAUCCAAACAAACCAAUAAGGAAGCAGCUAAAGAGAGGAUCUCCUUACAAUUUGAACUUUAGAGUCAAGUUUUUUGUAAGUGACCCCAACAAGUUACAAGAAGAAUAUACAAGGUACCAGUAUUUUUUGCAAAUUAAACAAGAUAUACUUAAUGGAAGAUUGCCCUGUCCUUAUAAUACUGCUGCCCUUUUGGCUUCAUUUGCUGUUCAGUCUGAACUUGGAGACUUCAAUCAGUCAGAAAAUUUGCCAGGCUACCUCUCAGAUUAUUCUUUCAUUCCUAAUCAACCUCAAGAUUUUAAAAAAGAAAUUGCAAAAUUACAUCAGCAACAUAUAGGCUUAUCUCCUGCAGAAGCAGAAUUUAAUUACCUGAACAAAGCACGUACAUUGGAACUCUAUGGAGUUGAAUUCCACUAUGCAAGGGAUCAAAGUAACAAUGAAAUUAUGAUUGGAGUAAUGUCAGGAGGAAUUCUGAUAUAUAAGAACAGGGUACGAAUGAAUAUCUUUCCAUGGUUGAAGAUUGUAAAAAUUUCAUUUAAGUGCAAACAGUUUUUUAUUCAACUUAGAAAAGAAUUGCUUGAAUCUAGAGAAACCUUGUUGGGAUUUAAUAUGGUGAAUUAUAGAGCAUGCAAAAAUUUGUGGAAAGUAUGUGUAGAACAUCACACAUUCUUCCGUUUGGACAGACCACUUCCACCUCAAAAGAAUUUUUUUGCACAUUACUUUACAUUAGGUUCAAAAUUCCGAUACUGUGGGAGAACUGAAGUGCAGUCAGUUCAGUAUGGCAAAGAAAAGGCAAAUAAAGACAGGGUCUUUGCAAGAUACAAGUUUAGAAUUUUUUACCCUGCAAAUCCCUUGUUUCUGGAGUCCAAAUCAUUGCUAAGACUAUCCAAGGCUUUGUCCCCAAGUAAGCCCUUGGCACAGAAAUUAAUGGAUUGGGAAGUAGUAAGCAAAAAUUCAGUAUCUGAUGACAGGUUAGAAACACAGAGCCUUCCAUCACGAUCUCCACCUGGAACUCCUAAUCAUCGAAAUUCUGCAUUCACACAAGAGGGAACCCGGUUACGACCAUCUUCAGUUGGUCAUUUGGUAGACCAUGUGGUUCACACUUCCCCAAGUGAAGUAUUUGUGAAUCACAGAUCUCCAUCUUCAACGCAAGCUAAUAGCAUCAUUUUGGAAUCGUCACCAUCACAAGAGGCCCCUGGAGAUGGGCAUCCUCCAGCUUUACCACCCAAACAAUCAAAGAAAAACAGUUGGAACCAAAUUCCUUAUUCACAUUCUCAACAAGAUCUAGAAAACCAUAUUAAUGAAGCAUUUGAUAUUCCAUCUUCCCCUGAAAAAUCUACUCCUAAUGGUGGUAUUCCACAUGAUAAUCUUGUUCUAAUCAGAAUGAAGCCUGAUGAAAAUGGAAGAUUUGGAUUCAAUGUAAAGGGAGGAUAUGAUCAGAAGAUGCCUGUGAUUGUGUCCCGAGUAGCCCCAGGAACACCUGCUGACCUCUGUGUCCCUCGAUUGAAUGAAGGGGACCAAGUUGUAUUGAUCAAUGGUCAGGACAUUGCAGAAUAUACCCAUGAUCAGGUUGUCCUGUUUAUUAAAGCUAUCUGUGAGAGACAUUCUGGGGAACUCGUACUUCUAGUUCGACCGAAUGCUGUCUAUGAUGUAGUGGAAGAAAAGCUUGAAAAUGAGCCAGACUUCCAGUACAUUCCUGAGAAAACCCCAUUAGACAGGAUCCACCAGGAUGACCAUUCCCUGCGGGAGUCGAUGAUCCAGCUAGCUGAGGGGCUUAUCACUGGAACAAUCCUGACACAGUUUGAUCAACUAUAUCGGAAAAAACCUGGAAUGACAAUGUCUUGUGCCAAAUUACCUCAGAACAUUUCCAAAAAUAGAUACAGAGAUAUUUCACCUUAUGAUGCUACACGGGUCAUUUUAAAGGGUAAUGAAGACUACAUCAAUGCAAAUUAUAUAAAUAUGGAAAUUCCUUCUUCUAGCAUCAUAAAUCAGUAUAUUGCUUGUCAAGGGCCAUUACCGCACACUUGUACAGAUUUUUGGCAGAUGACUUGGGAACAAGGUUCCUCCAUGGUUGUAAUGUUGACCACACAAGUUGAACGUGGCAGAGUGAAGUGUCACCAAUAUUGGCCAGAACCCGCAGGAAGUUUAUCCUAUGGAUGCUACCAAGUCACUUGCCACUCAGAGGAAGGAAACACUGCAUGUAUCUUCAGGAAGAUGACACUAUUUAACCAAGAGAAAAAUGAGAGUCGUCAACUCACUCAGAUCCAGUACAUAGCCUGGCCUGACCAUGGGGUCCCUGAUGAUUCAAGUGACUUUCUGGACUUCGUUUGUCAUAUACGAAAUAAGAGGGCUGGCAAGGAAGAGCCUAUUGUUGUUCAUUGCAGUGCUGGGAUUGGAAGAACUGGGGUUCUUAUUACUAUGGAAACAGCCAUGUGUCUCAUUGAAUGCAAUCAACCAGUUUAUCCACUAGACAUUGUCAGAACAAUGAGAGAUCAACGAGCCAUGAUGAUCCAAACACCUAGUCAAUACAGAUUUGUAUGUGAAGCUAUUUUGAAAGUUUAUGAAGAAGGAUUUGUUAAACCGUUAACGACAUCAUCAAAUAAAUAAGAAAACAAAAGUUCUGGGAUAUGUGUUGAAAGACUGCUUUCUAUUACAUUCACUGUGCCAUAAUACUGCUUGUGGGAAAUGGCAUCUAAACAAAAAAAUGAAGAACUAACAAAAACUGAAAACUUCAGCACUGUUGCACUUUAUGUUUUAAAAAAGUCACUGUAUCAAAACCUAUAAUUCACGUGUUUGAAGACUGUUUCAUGCUUUGCUCAGAACAUAUAGUGAAUAACUGACUACGUUCAGGGUAAUUUAUGAAGUUUUGUGGUGGUGCCAUGCAGUCCGCUUCCGAUAGAAAGCCACAGACGAGGCUUAGAAUUCUCAUCAUCUCUGUUACACACCUGUAUUUUGAAAGCAAAAAGAAGUAAACAUCAGGAGUUAGCGCUGGUGUUUUCAGUGAUUCAUGUACUUACUCUACUGAACACCAGAUUUUAUUUUUUAAAUUUUAGCAAUAUCAUUUUAAAUAUUAGCCAAUACACUGCCUAUGGAUGCAGCACAUCUUUCCCUGUACUCCCUUGUUCAUACCUGCUGUUCAUAAGAAGAAAAGUGGAAUUGCUUUUCCCAGGAAAUGCUGCACAUUGUCCAUUUACCAGCAUCUUAGAGAAAGUAUAAAUAUGAAUAUAUACAUUUUCUUAAAUUUAAUAAUGUAACUUAUAUUUACCAUAAGGUUGGCUUAUUCCAAAUCAUGUGGUCUCACAUACUUGAUGUAAAGGAAUGCAUGCGUUGUGUCUUAACCCCUUAAGUGCCUUCAGACGUCUGUAUGUCUAACGAAAAGGCACUCAUUUGACCCCACUAGGAAGUAUGUAGGUAUAUUGUACAUUUACAUUUUUAUGCAUUUUGAAUCUUUUCACAUUUGAAAAUAACUUCUUGUUUGAGAGUUAUACAGUCAGAGGAAGAUAAAGAAAUUCUGUUUCUCACUCAUUUCCUGUAUUUUAUCACAUGAAGCAAACGUAAUUUGUGUUCUACUGAGUGAGCACUUUGCUGCUAUGGAAUUGUUUAAAUCUGCACAUUCCUUUCCUGACGGACAAGGGUUACAGUUCAGCAGCUCAAGUUAAGAGAUGUUUUAUUCUUGAAAUUUAAUAUUUAUUUUAUUCCUAACUUUAGAAAUGGCAUCUAAUAUGCACAUUAAAUUUAAACAUAUUGAUACUCUAAGCUAAAGUUAGAGCAGUUAGUUGUGACAUUUCUGUCACUAACUCUUAAGCAGUCAUUUCGGUUCGUGUCAUGUUUUGUUUACACUGGUCUGUUUGUUGGUCGGGAUACUUUGAGCAAGGAAUGGAAUAUUAUUGACUUGUUUCUAAAUGUAAUCCCCCAGUAACUGAAGUGAGAGUUUUCUUGUCAUUUUUGUGUAUAAUUAAAUUCUCCAGUUUAUAUGUACUUAUUAAGUUAAAGCAUGUUAAUUCAUGGAGAAUUUUGACUUUUCUGCCUGAUAGGAGGAGGAUCUCAUUCCCUUUAAGGAUGUAUAGAUUUUCCUUUUCAGGUUGUUUUUUUUGUUGUUGUUCUAUUUUUUUAAGUCUAGAGAGAAAGAACUUUAAAAUCACCCACUUUUAAUGUAAGUGGCAAUUUCUCACCUUUCAAAAUGUUGUAUUACACAAUUAUUUCAUAUGGAUUAUAGUCAAAAUAGACUUUUACUAGUGGUUUCUGAAUAUUUCAGAAUAGUGUUGAUGAAAAUUUAGAGUUGAAUAAUAGGUAUUUUGGAAUGCCAUGUAGGGUGAGGGGGGAAAUGUACAUUUUAAAAUCUACAGUAUAAUCUAAAUGAUGUUAUUUCACAUAUUCAAGAUCCAUAAUAAUAAAUUUUAAGAAGUUAAUUCCUAAACAUUAAUAGCCAAGAUACCAAAUAAAUUAUUACAUUAAAAUAUUUUAAGUUUUUUUUGAGAGGCAAGGAAACAUAACCUUUAUGUCAGAGAAAUUCUCUUAUCUAUUUCUGAAUUUCAUAACCAAGACAGUAUGAGUAAAUAACUGUAGUUUUAUUUGAACAUUCCAUUCUUUACCAACAGAUAAAUGUAAUUUAGGCUGCUAUAUGACAUGAUGAUAAGUUGAAAAGUGAAAAAGUAAAAUCAUUGGGGUCUACAUAAUGAACAACUGUUUUGGCAGUUUUUCACAUGAGUUAAAAAGAAAAUCUGUUCUGUGUGGAUAGAAUAUGACAACCAUAGUUUUUUAAAAAUAUGCAGUUGUAUAGAUAUAAACAGAUAAAUGGCAUACUAGCAUGUUCUUUGGUUUAGGGCUUUGUUUACACUUCUGGGUUAACUCUAAUAAUUUUUUGGCAGCGAACACUGCUGCCUUUUUUUAAUCAUUAAUGCCAGUCUUUAAAUGACAAUAUAUUAGAAGUUUAGGAUUGUACUUAAAUUUCUCAUGUAUCCAUUUUUCAUCUGGGAGUUACUCUUUGUCAGUAUUUUUAUGUAAAAAAAAUCCUUUUGUAAAGGCAUAUAGGGAUCUUAAAUUUAAAAUAAAUUACCCUUUACAACCUCUUAAAAUGAAUAUGCUAACUAUACUUCCCUGUUCAUGCAACAGAUAAGACUUUAUUCAUUACACCUAAGAAUUUUUUAACCUGUUUAUCAACCUAUAUAAUAAUCUAGGGAUAAUCAUAUUUUUGGUACAUGAACUAGUUCUAAAUUUCAUUCAGAGUGAUAAUUUCAAUAUCAGUGUAAUAUCGAGUGAUAAAAAUGCCAAAUUUCUUGUAUCUAAACCCCUCUCUCCCUCCCCUUCCCUUCUUUCUCUCUGUUUCAAUGCUUACUGUUGCUAGCACAAGUGUAAGUAGAUAUUGGUGAAUAGGCUUUUGUAAAUGCUAAGAAAUGAUUGUGAAAACCUUUCUAAUUUAUGGUGGUUUUACUGUGUUUGUUUCAAAUGUUUGAGCAUCUGAUUUAAGUCAGCACAGCGUACACAGGAGGAGGAAUAUUUUGAAAUAGACUUUACAUUCACAAGAAGAAUUAGUAGUAUUUGUUAAACCAGUGCAUUCAUUCAAAAUAGAGGCAGAGUAACAGUGUAAGAAAUAAUUUUCUUUGUUUUGGCCUACUAGCACAAGUAGAGGGUAGGAAAAAGGUUGAUCAUUUUGAUUAAGAGUAAAGAGAAAAUUUAUAUAUAAAAACUGGUUUCAAAUAUAUAAAGAUAUGUUAAACCAUUAAGACAGUUGCCUGGUGGUUUCCAGGACCAGUAUUACACAUAGAGACACUUUCCUGUGUUUACAUAUUUGUGCUUCACAAAAGCUAAUGCUAACAGAAGUAAAGGAUUGCUCUUUUAAGUAUAGUUUUUUUAUAAUUUGUUGAUGGACAUAACCAGGUCUAAUCAGGUAUUUGGCCAAAAUUCUCCUGUUUUUAUUAGCAGCAUUAUAACUUUAGAGCUAAAAGGAACUUGAAAGAUUUUUAUCUAAUCUCACUUUCUAUUAUCUUAGACAACAUAUAUGUAAUUAUCAUAAGUUUGCAUGAAUUUUAGUCUGUUUCAGCACAAGAAUUACAUUCAGGCAGUUCUUUCAUUCAGUAACUAUGAUGACCUUAGAAGAUGUCACUUAAUUUAGAAAAUGAGUAGACUUUUUAAAGUAAUUCUAAUUAGGACCUUGACUCAGUUUGCUAGCCAUGCUUCCAUGAUAGAUCAUAAGCUUUUGGGAGGUAUUUAAACUGAUAUACUUACAGUGUGAAAACAUUCUAAAAUGCAAAUCAGAAGACUAAUUUUCAAAAGGACUUAACAUGAAACUAAGAUUUAAAAUACAUGUCCACUUGGAAUCAAUUUAUGUUCAUAAUGUGAACAUGUAGUAGAAUUACAGCAUUACUUAUUUUAUCAUUUUAUCAGGAAGAGAGAAGGAGGAAACAAUUUUUAACAAUGUUCUAUUUGACAUCUGUGUUUUGAGUAUUUAAAAUACUCUGAUGGUUGCCAUGGCUGGUAUAGCUCAGUGGAUUGAGCGCGGGCUGUGAACCAAAAGGUCGCUGGUUCAACUCCCAGUCAGGGCACAUGCCUGGGUUGCAGGCCAAGUCCCCCAGUGGGGGUCACAUGAGAGGCAACCACACAUUGAUGUUUCUCUCCUUUUCUUUCUCGCUCCCUUCCUCUCUCUCUAAAAAUAAAUAAAUAUUUAAAAAAUUAAAAUAAAUACUCUAAUGGUAAGUUUGCCAAAGUAGGUUUGAAUUCAUAAAAAUUAUACCAUAACAGUGUGGGAUAUGUUUACAUCUCUUUUAUUUUGUUACAAUUAAUGUGUAGUUCAGGUUAAUUUGCAUUUAAGUCACUUAGAAUAAAUGCAUUAUGGUAAAAUUUGUUGUAAUAAACAUGUCUUAAUAAUAUGACAAGACCAAGAUAAAUUAUGCCACAGCCUGCUUUUCUGCCACAUCAGCCAAGUAACUAUAUUAGCAUUGCUUACUUCCCACAUGUGCUGCAGCUACCCAACCACACGUUCUGCAAGCACUGUUUUGUGUGUUCUUUUCAAGUAAAAUGGCUGUUAUUGAAACUGACUGGAUUAAUUUCAUCAAAUAUCAGAAUUACUGAUCUGCUGGUAAAGAUUUAUUGGUGCCUCAGUAUGAUCACAACACAACUUUAGCAACCACUUUUUAAAAUUCUUUGAGAAUCAUAUAGAUACAAGUACAUUUAAAUAAUAAAACCUUUUAGGGCUGUUAGUAGACAAUUUUAGCAAUUUUAUAAAGCGCCUAUGAAAUUAAUCUCUAAGUUGUAUUUUUAGGUGUUCAAUUUACUUUAGAAUGUCUGCAGCAAUUACCAACACACUUUUUUCUAUUGUAUACAGAUACCAUUCUUAGUAGCAAUUACAAUAAGCCUUUCAAUGUUAUCAAGAAAAAACAUGCCCUAUUUCAGUCUGAAUUGAAACAUUUAAUUUUUAUAAUCUUGGUGAAGUUGUCAUGGGCAGACACCAAAUUGUUAUUUGUUUCCUAUCUAAAUUUGUUGCUGUUUAUUUCUGUUUUUCCAUGGCAGUUUACUGUCAAUUUCUAAAGUUUUAUAUUUAUUCUUUUUAUUUUAGUAAUGCAAGCUAAAUGAACAGCCAAAAAUAGUAUCUACCAGGGUGCAGUUCAUAAACAUUGACUAGAUAUGGUUCAUUGUAUAAAUAAGUAAACUGAUUUUUUUUAAUUUACUAAGUGAAAGGUACUAGCAAUAUUGCAAGUUAAAGACUACAAUUUUACGAGGAAGUCCUAAUGUUUAACUUCCUGAAACCUUUUAAAAUUUCAACCAUAGAGUGAAAAUGUUUUAAAGCCUGUAUUGCUCAUAAAAGUUUCAGUUAAACACUGUUGAAUUUUCCUCUUGUGGUGUAAAUGAUAUGGAUAGUAUUUUUCUAUGGGCGAAGGAUUGAAACUUUUACUUCAUUGUUUAAAAAGGAUAGAAUAAUAUUGUAUGUCUUUCAUGCUGUAAAGAAAAUGAAUGUAUCUUUUAAGUGUUCUUAGAAUUGUGACUUCAUUACAAGGAUACUGUUGUUUUUUUUAAAAAAAAAGGCAGUGAGGGAUGGAAAAGGAAAGGAAGAGGUAUUUCACUUAACUAUACAAAAUGCAAUUUUAGAAGAAAAUGUAGUUUUGCUAUAAAUAAGAGCAGUCAUUACUGAAGCAUAUUUCAAAUAUAAUGUACAUUCUUUUUCAUUUUGUUUUUAGCUUUAGAAUAGUAAAUUUCAAGGAAAUUUAUGCAUACUGUUUUUAAGUGUAAUAUAACUGAAUUCUAGACUUCUCUAGAGUGUGGGAGGUUCUUUUUGUGUGAGGGUUAGUGUUCUGCUGAAUGUGUUUACCAUGAAUGAAAGUUCUCAGGCUUUGUCACUAUUGCAGCAACAAUGAGGACAUCAUUGUGAGAGUAUGACUUUGAUGAAGCCAGAAAACUGUGCCUAAGAUUUACCCCAGUAAAUAUGUGCAGAGGCCCCUGACAAGGAGUUUUGUCUUUUUAGUCUCAGUAUCUUAGAUAAGCCCAACUCUGCCCUGUAGCAGUGCUGUCUUAUAUGUUUAAGGGCUUAUUAAGUCUACUGAAAACAAACAAAAAAACAGAAAGCCUACAUUUUAAACCAACAUCUUUAGGUAUGAUUUAUUUGUUCAACAAUUUCUUUGAAAAGUAGUAGUUAUUUAUAACUCAUUAAAUGACUCAAUGGAGCCUUCAUUAUUUUGACACCUGCUUCCAUCCCUCUAACUUGUAAAAUAUCAUUAAUUUUCAUUUACAGUAGGGUCUUUGUGAAGUAAAUACCCUGAAUAACUAACUAUAAGGUGAUACCUUCCUUGUUAAGUUUUAUUAACAGUUACUGAAAGAUUUGGAUCAGGCCUCCUUAGUCCUGGAAGUUUUCAAAAUUUAGCAAGUAGUCUUUGUGAUGACCUCCACUGCAGUGGCACAUUGCCAAAUGAGAAUGAUCACCACGAAGCCAUCAAGAGGGCUCAUCCCUGCUUACAAUCUUAGACCUAAAUAGGUACUGAUUUGUGGUUUCCCCCAAAUCCACUGCAGUCACAAUUGAGCCCAUUUUACCUUUUAUUUAAAAGAAGCUUAUUAGUUUUUACUUUUGAAUUAUACUGUUCUAGUUUAUUUGCCUUUCUGGGCAAGAAAAUUUCAACCCAGUUCUGAUAUUCCCUUACCUCUAUCUUUUCCCACCCCUCAGUGAGUUGACAAGGUGUUUUCUGUAGAGUAGGCCAAAUUUCAAUGCUGAAAUUGAUUCCUUGGAUUUCAAAUAGUAGCACUUUAUUUCAUGCUUACUACUGACUUAAUUUAUACAUUUAAAAAAUAUACUAGUAUCUUGUAAAUAUGGAAAAAUUUUAAUCGAUUAGUAUGUAGAGCUCAUUUGGACCCAAUAUAAAUGCUUUACAGUGAUCUUUUGAUCAUUUGAUACUUAAAAGGUAACUUGUGUGAUUUUAGCUUUGCCAUUUUUCUGUAAUUUAUUUAGUACAAUAAAGGCUACCCAGUUGACUGUAUUGCUGGACUCAGUUCUCUCAGCUAGCUUCAACCAAGUUUGGUUUACUAUAAUCAUUUCUGAUUUGCAUUGUUGUAUAUUACAUAAAUACUUGGAGAUCCAUUCAUUUAGUUUUGUGUUGCACCUAGGGAUUAAGUCAAUACUGCACCACAAGUAAGUUGUAGGGGGCAAGGUCCUGACACUAUAAGGACAUAUCAGGGGACAGGAUUUAAGAAACUAAAAACAGUUUACAUUAAGCUGUUUUUAUUUUCUAUCAUUAGAAUAUAUGUGCUUUAAAAAAUUAAAACUGUCCAACCCAGUGUUCUACAGCAUCAGGACAUUGCAUUUACAAUUCAUAUUGUAAUCUUUUCAAAUAAGAAAAGCUAGUUUUUAUUUUCUUCAGUGUAGGCUUGAUUUUAGGACAAAUAGUUUACUAUAUACUCAUAAAUGAUAUUCUAAGCAGUAGUUUUGAAAAUAAUUAUUUCUAUGUAGCGGGUGUUUUAAUUUGGGUUUUUUUCCCUUGUAUCAGGUGCUAUAUGUAAAUAUGAAGAGCAAAAUGUCAGUUAAAAGUAGUUUGUUUCCUAAACAGUUUUACAAUUCUGCCAUUUCACAUUUCAUUGUACUGAACUCGUAGCAAAUGGAAGUACCCCCUAAUUUUUUUAAGUUAACUCUUCUUUCAUUUUACAAAAAUAUGUUUUGAUAGAAUUUGUUCCCUAAUUAAGAGGCAAAGAAGCUUAGGGUUUACUUAAAGUGUGUAAGCUUGGAUUUGGUCAACACUGGAUAAUCUGAAUGUCACUAUUCAUGUGUCACUUCCACCUACUGUAUGCUUGGAAGACCUUGUGUAUUUGAAUAUUGGUGAAAAAUAUAAUUCCUAUUAUGUAAAAAUAUGAAUACUAAUAGCAAAUAGGAUUAAAUGCUGAUUUGCAUUAAAACUGUUUUAGUGGUAAGAAUGAUUUAUGUUAGGUAAAAUGCUAUGUCAUACUUUGUUGGCCAUAUUAAUUUGAUUGAGAAAUAGUUGUUCAGGUACAAACGUAAAAAAACUCAAGCUGUGACUUAAAUUGUUCAAUUGCUAAAUAAAGAUGUGCUUUAGUAAUUUAAAGUAUAGGAGUUUUAAAGAUUAUUUUAUGGGAGUUUAUUUGUUGGGCUUUUCUGUCAGUGGUUAUAUUCAUUAAUGGGUGAUCAGAAGACUAUAAGAAUGCUAAGUACUACAUUUAUGUCUAGAAUUUCUGGUUCACAGUGUGACUGUAUUGGGUGAGGGGUGAGAAUAAGGAAGGAAUUAAAAGGAAUUUAGAAGAAUGCCUGGUGUUCUCCCAGUACCAGCUCCUACAUUCUGGUAUUCCUAAUAUAAGACCUUGUCGAUCAAAAUAAAGGAACUUUCUAUUACUGAA